UCUGUUGAAGUAUUUCUAAAUUUGGAUUACAGUAAUAUGUAUGAUUUAUGGGUCCAAUGUUUUUCGAUUUCUGAGUUACCAAACAAAGAUGAAUGAGCUUUAUAGUUGUUAUAGCUACCACCACCAUCCAUGCACUCCCAUUCUUCACUCUCUCCCUCUUUCUCGCUCUUAUCGCCACAUUUCUCUCUCUGUUCUUUUUGAUCUUCAUCUUGGUAUUCUGAUCUUCAAAGUUCCUCUGUUUUCCUUUUUUUCCUUCCUGCCCUUUUCGUUUUCCUGCCUAUUCUAUCUCUAUCUCCAUUGCCUUCUCUCCUUUUUCGCUUAACAUUCAUGCAGGGGGGAAGAUUUUCAAAUGUAACGAACCUCUCAUUAAAAUAAGUUAUAUCCAUCAUUAACUUCGUUUUUGGUUUUUGUUGUGAAGCUGUUAUUUUGGGUUGUGACUGAAAGUUAACUCUUUCCUAAAUGGUAUUGAGAAUAAACUCUAGGAGGAGUUAGAUCUGAUUGAAAUGCAUGCAGUGUUUGUGAUGAAUAAGAGACUCAAUUUUCUAUGAGGUCAAUCAAAUCAUGGAGGUGGUUGAUGGGAAGAAAGAUUGUCUUGUCUGAUGGGAAAGUCAAGUUUCAAGAUGAGACAACUGCCUAUGGCAGUUGUUUGUAUAGUGAUGUUGUUUGUUUUGUUUAGAACUAUAAAUUAUGAGUAUUACCAAGAAGAGAUAGAGAAAAAGUGGAGUUUCUUUGGAGAAACAAUGUCACAGGAGAAUGCUGACAAUUUUGCAAAGUUAAAAGGCCUGCCGCAGGGUAUAGUACACGCUACUUCAAAUUUUGAGUUGAGGCCUUUAUGGUUACCAAGUGGAUUAAGGUCAAAGGUUAGUGAUUACUCUAAUAGGAACUUGCUGGCAAUGCCAGUUGGAAUUACACAAAAGAACAAUGUAAAUGACAUGGUGCAAAAGUUUCUUACAGGAAAUUUUACAAUUAUUUUAUUCCAUUAUGAUGGCAAAGUGGAUGAGUGGUCAGGUUUUGAUUGGAGCAGAACGGUCAUACACAUAGCUGCUCAAAAUCAAACUAAGUGGUGGUUUGCAAAAAGAUUUCUACAUCCAGAUAUUGUAUCUACUUAUGAUUAUAUCUUUCUCUGGGAUGAGGAUUUAGGGGUGGAGCAUUUUUCUCCAUCAAGAUACAUUGAGAUUGUGAAGGAAGAAGGAUUGGAGAUAUCACAACCAGCUCUUGACCCAAAUUCAGUAGAAAUACAUCACAGAAUUACAGUUAGAGCUAGGAUGAAGAAAGUUCAUAGAAGAGUCUAUGAACUUAGAGGCAAAACUAAAUGUUCAGAGGAAAGCCAAGGGCCACCAUGUACCGGCUUUGUGGAGGGUAUGGCUCCUGUUUUCUCUCGUUCGGCCUGGUUUUGUACUUGGCAUCUUAUACAGAAUGACCUUGUCCAUGGAUGGGGAAUGGAUAUGAAGCUAGGAUAUUGUGCACAGGGUGAUCGCACAAAAAAUGUGGGGGUUGUCGAUAGCGAAUAUGUUGUACAUAAGGGAAUACAAACUCUGGGUGGUGAUUUAACAAAAGAUGCAAGUACUAAAACACCACCUACGAAGCAUGGCUUGGACGUGCGAACAGAGAUACGAAGACAAUCAACAUGGGAACUUGAAGUCUUCAAAGAGAGGUGGAAUCGGGCUACUUCUGAGGACACUAGAUGGGUAGACCCAUAUAAAAGUGAUCAAAGGCGCUUCAGACGAAGGCGCAACAGCAAACGGCUAUCAUAACUGCUUGUUUAACUAACUUGGUUUGAUUGUGUUAGCCCUACUUCUUUCAUGGGUACAAGUCUUGCUUAAAGGUGCAAGGCCAAUUGCGGUAUUGGGAAGGUGAUAUGUAGCCUUAUAGCCUUAUCUGCAGCAUCAAAGAGGCCGUUUUCUGGCUUC